AUAGGCAGAAAUAUGGAGCCCUUAUACGUGGAAGAGUUGGGCAGUAAAGUUGUAUCGGUGCAGGACAUGUACAAUCUUAUAGUUAGGGAUCCUGCAAAUGCUGCUCUCGAAAUCAAUUGGAGAGACUUCAUUCCUAUUGUAAAUCGAUGGCUUCCCAACAAAAAACUAGAUAAAAUGUUAAAAGAUGUGACAAGGAGGAGGUCAGCACUUGUGAGGGCUCUUAUUCACCAACAAAAGGACAUCCUAUCUUCCGGAAAGGAAUCGAAAGGAUAUCUAGACAUGCUUCUCAAGGAAGGUGAGAUUCUGAGUGAGAGGCAGCUGGAGACAGCAAUAUGGGAGCCUGUUAUUGAAAGCACUACUACAAGUCAUGUUGCUAUGGUCUGGGCUUUCUUCAACCUUGCCAAGCAUCCUCACACUCAGGAACGACUUUACAAAGAGCUAGAACAAGUAUGUGGAAAUAAAGCAGUAGAAGAAAAGGAUUUGGGGAAAUUGCCAUAUCUGAAGGGAAUAUUUUAUGAGACAGUACGCAGACAUUCUCCUUUGCCUCUAGUGCCACUACGUAUCGUCCAUGAGGAUGUGGAGAUUGACGGCUACCAUGUUCCAGCAGGAUGGGAGAUAUUAAUUAAUAUAUGGGGAGCAAAUAAUUAUGAGGGCGAAUGGAAAAAUUCAGAGGAGUGGAAACCAGAGAGACAACUAGAGUUUCCAGUGGAAGAAGAUAUUUAUAGGACCAUGGUAUUUGGAGCAGGGAAUAGAUUGUGUGCAGGAUGGACACAGGCAGUAACAAUAGCCUCCUUGAUCAUUGGGAGGAUUGUUCAAAACUUUAAAUUGAAAAUGCCAACAGGACAUGAGGAAGACUAUGACACAAUAAUAAACACAGGAACUCACAGACUCCGUCCUCUCUUUUCAAUUCUCACACCAAGAAAUUUAUAAUCCAUGUCUCCAUGCUCUAGCAUUUGGAUGAUUAUAGUAUAUCAUCUUGUAUGAUGCUUGAUAUCUUAUAUGUAUGUAUUAAAAAAAUUUCUUAUAUUUGAAUAAUGCUACCUACUUUA